AUGCAGUUCUCCGCCAUCUUCUUGACCGCCGCCGCCUUUGCCGUUGGCAACGCUUUCGCAGCUUCUGUGCCGCGCAGUUUCGUCGACGGAAAGGGCAGCGCUCUGUUUGGAAAUGUUGGGACGGCAUGCUCUGUAGGCGCCAAGGAUGGCGAAUGCGAUCGAUUCGGGCGCUGCGUUCAGUUUAUUCCUCCCAACGAGCAGUCUGUUCUCAACCAGGGAAGAGAGGUAGCCACUUGUACUGCAGGUGGACAGACCGGCACACUCUGA